CAGUUUGCAUAUUUUUGUGCAUUGUGCGGUUGACCAGAAAUGUUCCAUAAGACGUGGAAGACAUAAUUGCGGUCGGUCGCAACACUACAGCUAUAUAUACCGGUGCCAGUGUGGUACAUGUCGUUACAUUAGCUUACGCUGGUUUUGGAAUUCAUUGUAAGAAAUUUUGUCUUUACUACGUACAGUUGCGCUAUUUCCGUUGUGACUAUGGCACGCUAUAACGAUCAGGGUUAUGCGGCAUUCACCCGUGCGCUUGACGGCGAAAUCAGCGCCUUCUACAACAACAUCCACGGGUACGCCAGCGAAAAGACCAAACGAACGGAGGUGGUGCAGCGUUUGCGCCGGUUCUUCACCGACAACUGGUCUGAUAUCAGGGUGGAGGCCUUUGGCAGCUCCGUGACGGAGAGCGGGUUACCAUCCAGUGACGUUGAUGUGGUGGUCGUGGUGCCGACACGGUAUAGUAACGCAUCCGAUCCUGCCGGCUGCCUGCGAGCAUUUCAGAGCGUCAUGUCGAACGGUAAUUCCUACGCGCUGGUCCCGGUAAACCUGAUCAGCAGUGCCAACGUACCGGUGCUGAAAGUGCGGGAUCAACGGACGCAGCUGACACUGGACAUUUCGUGUAUGAAGGAAGGAAGCGUGCACCGCGGACUGCAAAACACCGAAUGGAUCCAGUCCCGAAUCCGCCAGUACCCCAGCGUGCCCCGCCUGGUCGUUGUGCUGAAAGAGCUGCUUCGGCGUCACCAGCGCACCGAUAUCAACUCCGGCGGUAUCAGCUCCUACGUCCUGACGCUGAUGGUCGUUGGCUUUGUCAUGAAGCGCCAAAACACCGGCGACAAUCUGGGCGAUCUGUUGCUGAGAUUUCUCAAGUACUUUGGACAGGAUUUCAACUACCGCGACCACGCUAUCAUGAUGGCGCAGGAUGGGGACGUUGUCAACAAAUCCGAUUUACGGCGCGUGCUGGACGAGGAACCCAGCACGCUGCUCUGCAUCCAGGAACCGUUGGAUGCCGGAAAAGAUGCUGCGAAGACAUCGGAGCGCGGCGUUCUGGCGGUUAAAGCCAUAUUCUCGGAUGCGUACAACCGGCUGAAUCGCCUGAUUCCGGCAGCGCACGAUCGGUACUACAAUACUAUUCGCAGCAACUUACUUGGCGAAAUGUUUUCAGAGAAUAAAUGCGGCUUUACAUUAAGCCGUCCAUUAUAGCAUAAGCAUCUAGCUUCGGCUGCCUUUUUUGUGCUGUUCUUAAUUAAGAUACGCUGUCGCCAAUUCUUUGAGUAAUUGUUGCUUUGAAACCACGCUUUUUAUACUUUCCUUGAUUGCGUCCGUUCGUUAUUCGCUAUCGACUAUAUAUAAUUUUCUUUGAUUUGCCAGAAUGUUCGCUAGUGUCUUUAAUAAGCAUUGUUCGUGUCAGCACUUGCGCGUUACUAAUAAAAAGUGUUGUCUCUG